AUGGCCGUCUCUUACGAAAAGUCAGGUUACGACCUGGAAUAUCAACCCGAACAGAUCCCGACCGGUGGGAAGCAUCGCUCCGUCGUCGCGCCCGACGCUUCAGGUGCUGUCCAUGGCGAAUCGUUUGUGGCAGGUGAUACUUUGUAUGCUAAGCUGCAGCGUUUGGCUGGACGAUUUGGUGUGGAACAACGUGGCAUCGAGCGCGUCCCUGAAGAUGAGAGGACCGACAAGUCAACGUUGAAGGUUGGCACGAUGUGGUUGGCUGCGAACAUGGUGGUUUCGUCCUUCGCCAUCGGUGUCCUUGCUGUUCCUGUCUUUGCGCUCGGCUUCGUCGAUUCCUUCUUGGCAAUUCUAUUUUUCAACCUUCUGGGUAUCUUGCCCGUGUGCUUUUUCUCGACGUUUGGGCCGAAAUUCGGUAUGAGACAGAUGAUUUUGUCGAGAUUCUGGUUUGGAUACUACGGUGUCAAAGUGAUUGCCAUCUUCAACUGCCUCGCUUGCCUGGGCUGGUCGAGCGUCAAUGUCAUCGUCGGCUCUCAACUCAUCCACGCCGUCAACCCUGAUGUCCCUGGUUAUGCGGGCAUCAUCAUCAUCGCGGCCUGCACUUUCCUCGUCACCCUCUUCGGAUACAAGGUGGUGCACAUGUACGAGAUGAUCUCGUGGGUCCCAUGCUUCAUCAUCUUCCUCAUCGUGCUGGGCGAAUUCGCGCACCACGGCUCGUUCGAGAACUUGCCCAUGGGAAGCGGAGCGGGCGAGACGGGAAGUAUCUUAUCAUUCGGCGCGUCGGUGUUUGGCUUUGCUACGGGCUGGUCAAGUUACGCAAGUGAUUAUACCUGCUACCAACCAGUCACCACGUCACGCCUCAAAGUCUUCAUCUACGUCUUCAUCGGCCUCUUCUUCCCGCUGAUGUUCACCGAGGCGCUUGGCCUGGCCAUUGCCACCGCGACCGUCAACGACCCAGCGUUUGCAUCCGCAUACGAGGCCAACGCCGUCGGUGGGCUCUUGCACCAAGUACUCGUGCCCCCGUUGGGCGGGUUCGGCAAAUUCUGUCUCAUCAUUCUCGCGCUCAGCAUCGUCGGAAACAACUGCCCCAACAUCUACAGUUUGACCUUCAGUCUCCAGAUUCUGACCCACUACGCCCAGAAAGUGCCGCGCUUCCUCUGGACGUUCGUCGGCACCCUCGUCUACGUCGCGAUCGCCAUCCCCGGGUAUAGUCACUUUGAAGACGUCCUCGAGGAUUUCAUGUUGAUCAUCGGGUAUUGGCUUGCUAUCUACACGGCCAUUUCUCUCCCCGAGCACUUCCUCUUCAAGAAGGGCUUCAAGGGAUAUACCCCUGAACACUACGAUCAGCCGAAAUGCCUACCUCCUAGCUUUGCCGCCCUGGGGGCCUUUUGCUUUGGGAUUGUUGGAGCUGUCAUGGGCAUGGCUCAAGUAUGGUACAUCGGUCCGAUAGGGAAAUUGAUCGGAACCGGAUACGGCGGAGAUAUCGGAUUCGAACUGGCUUUCGGAUUUGCCGCGUCGACGUAUCUUGUGUUUAGGACUUUUGAAAUUCGAUAUUUCCAUCGUUGA